AUGAAUGAACAAUCUCAAAUUCUCCAAGAAUCCGAAUUUUCUCUAUGCGAGAAUAAUAUUUCCAUUAGUGACCUGAAUAGUUAUCUAUCAAAUUUGAACGCGAAUAUUUAUGAAGUGGACACUAAAAUUAAUGAAACAUGGAAUUCUUGUAAAAAGCUAAGAGAAAAUUAUGAAACGCGAAUUGAAAGUUUUCAACAAGAUUUAUUAAAAUGGUUACAAAAAAUUAAUAAAACAAUUCGCCAGGAAAAUGAGGAUCUUUUUCAAAAAGAAAAAGACAAUGAACCGUUUUUUCAUGAAAAACAAGAAAGUCUAAAAUGUCUGGAAAAAAGAAUAAAUGAAUUGCAAAGUAUGAUCGAGCAAAAGUUUUCAAAAUCGACACUCGAGGGUUUAUUUAAUCAUGAAUUUUCACAACUGAAAGAACUUUUCCAAGAUUCUACCGAUGCUGACGAAACGACUACAGAUACAUCUGAUUUAGAUUUAACGUAUGGCGAUGUAUCUUUGCAGCUAUGUCAAGAUAAUCGAGACUUACGUGAGCAAUUACUGAAAAAGAUAAGGCUUAAUAAAAUUAAAAUUCGUGAAUUGGAAGAAUCAGUCAAAUGUAUAAAUAGACUUGCAGAUGAAUGUGAGGAAACUUCAUUGCAUGUAACAGAAAAGAUCGAAUAA